AUGGCAUCCCUAGACCACUCGCACGCACACUCGCACGACGCUCUCGGCGGACACGGCCACUCACAUGACAUUCUUGAUGGGCCUGGCUCGUUCUUGAACCGCGAACAGCCGCUUUCGUUACACGAGGGGCGGGAUUGGAAAGAUAGGGCCUAUACGAUUGGCAUUGGAGGUCCAGUGGGAUCUGGGAAAACAGCGUUGAUGUUGAAAUUGUGUUUGGCGCUGAGGGAUGAGUAUAACAUUGCGGCUGUGACGAAUGAUAUCUUUACCCGAGAAGACGCCGAAUUCCUCACGCGCAACAAAGCCCUCGCCCCCGAACGCAUCCAAGCCAUCGAAACCGGCGGAUGCCCGCACGCCGCCGUGCGCGAAGACAUCAGCGCAAACCUGCUCGCCCUGCAAACCCUGCAACGCAAAUUCACCACCGAUUUGCUGCUCAUCGAGUCCGGCGGCGAUAACCUCGCAGCCAACUACUCGCGCGAGCUCGCCGAUUUUAUUAUCUACGUGAUCGACGUCGCGGGCGGUGACAAGGUGCCGCGCAAGGGCGGGCCGGGGAUUACGGGUAGUGACUUGCUGGUUAUCAACAAGGUUGACUUGGCUGAGGCGGUGGGUGCGGAUUUGGGGGUUAUGGAGCGUGAUGCUGGCAAUAUACGUGAAGGUGGACCGACGGUGUUUGGGUCGGUCAAGCAUGGCAAUGGGGUGGAUCAUAUUGUCAACUUGAUUAUCAGUGCGUGGAAGGCCAGUGGUGCGUAUGAGCCGAGUCUGGAGAGGUGGAAGAAUGGAGCAGUGCGAGGAUCUGGGGCUGUUUGA